AUGAAGUUCUCCCUCGCUCUUUUCUUCCUUUCGAUGGUCGUUUAUGUGGCUCAAGUGAGGACUGCCGAUACUGACACUUCCACUACCACUUCCACGGAGGCAACUACUACCACUACCACGACAACGGUCAGCACCACCAGCACCACCACCACGGAAUCGUCGACAAAUUCAACUACCUCGGAUGUUAAUAGAAAAAUCGUCCGUGUAAGUGGUUUGAAGUUCUCGGUGAAAAGAAAGAUCAAUGUCGGAAACUUAACCAGUUCCUCGACCAAAUCCAAAAGUAUCCGCGCUCGUCAAGCCCGCCUGAAUGCCAUCAAAAAGGCCAAGAAGGCUGCUGCAAACCGAAAACUCAACAAGAAGUCCAAGAACCGUAAUUUCCGCGUUUUUCGUCGAUAG